AUGAAAUCGUCUUGCCCCUUUUGCAGCAAGCGGUACAGCUCCUCCACGAACUUCGAUAAACAUCUUCGAACUACACAUCCAUUUGAAGCAGAUGAAUGGCUGGGAAACCAAUUUUUACUCCUGGAGCGCGAUCAAGAGGCACCCGAUGACACUCACGACAGCCCGGAAGGCAUUCACGAUUCCUAUUCAGAUGCCCAUGACGACUCGGAUAGUUCGGAGAGCAACAGUAUCAAUUAUCAUGACCAAGAUCCCGAUAAUAAUUCAGAUCUGGAAUCCGAAUCAUAUUUUAUGAUGGAAGAGACAGAUGGAGAUGCAAAUAGGCAUGACGCAGCGACAACGAUUUACGAGGGUGCUGGGGAGCGUCUCUACCGCUCGGAGGACUACGACGAAUGCUCACAAAACCUUCUCCGAUACCCGUGGCACCCAUUCAACUCAGCAUACGAGUUUAGAAUGGCACGUUAUUUCAUACUGUCGAAGGCCUCACAAGGAAAUAUCGACAGUUUCUUUCUACACGCUCCGUCAAGCAGUGGCGAAUGCUCCUACAGGACUGGGCGAGGUUUUAUAAAGGGGUUGGACGAAAUGAAUGACAUGUUGGGAAAGGCGAGCUGGCAUCAUUCGGAGGUGGUUAUUGGGGGAGAGAAAAUCCCUUACUAUUACCGGGAUCCAAUGGUAAUUGUGCGAUAUCUUCUAUGCCAACGGGCCUUUCGGGAGUCAUUGGUGUACGCGCCAGUGGUAGAGUAUAAUGAAUCUGGCGAGAGAAUGUAUGGGGAAAUGCAUACGGGAGAUUGGUGGUGGGAGACGCAGGUCUGGUAA